GAUCAUGCUGACAUUAAUCAAGUUCUAGAAACUUGGAAUGAUGAUUGAUCCAACUUGAUAAUUUAUCAUCAAUCAUGAUGACAUUAAUAAUGAUAUAGAGACCCAGGGAGAUGAUCGAUCUAUUGGGAUAAUUGAUGGAAUUUAUAAUGAUGACGUUUUUCAGAUUCUAGAGGUUUAGGGCUAUGAGUGAUAAAACGCAAUAAUUGAUCGCGAUGACUUAGGGAGAUGAUUGAUCUAACAGGAUAAUUGAUGUAAUUGAUCAUGAUGACAUUUAACUAAUCCCAAGAGACUCAGGAAAAUUCCCCAGGAUGUACUCCAUCAAUUUUCUGUAAAGAACAAUCUACAAAACGAAUAAUAAAGGAAAGAAUUUUCUAAAAUGUCGCGGCAUUACAACCAUCAAAGUUUAGUUAGAAAAGAUCCUGGAAGAAGAUGUGUAAACUGUACACUCAUAGUUAUAAACCUAAUAAGUAUGCUACUGGGCAUGGUUCUAAUCGCUAUUGGACUUUGGCUGCUAAUUGACAGUACAAUAAUAAGUGAUAAUAUAAAGAGCUCUGCAGUACGAUAUGUACCCUGUAUAUAUUUUGAGUAUUACACAUACUUUCUGAUAUUGGGCAUCAUAUGCGAGGUUGCGGGGACAGUUAUUCUUGUCUUCUCAUUCUGUGGAUGCUGCGGGGCCUGCAAGGAUGUAAGCUGUAUGAUCUGUACGUACACGUUCUUUAUUAUAUUUGUUGUAAUCCUCAUCAUGGGAGGAGCUUUCACUUGGCUUCUUUUCAAACCAACGGCUUUAGAGUGGAGUAAGAGUGUGAUGAUUGAAUCUACUACAGAAUACAACCCUAAUAUAUUCAUUCAAACAAGGGUAAAAGAAAACUGGGAUAUGAUCCAUUCCAACUAUAAAUGCUGUGGGGUUCUACUACCAUCAAAUAGUGCUCCAUAUAUGGUUUGGUUUAAUAAUGCCCGUAUUAACCCUAUCCCUACGUAUAAAACAGUCCCUGAGUCCUGCUGCCCCGACCCCCCCUGCUACAUUGAAUCAGUCCGACUUAGUGCAUCCUUUACUAAAAAUAUAACUUACAGGGAUGUCGAUACAACUAAAGUGUACAGUGCUGACUGCUUUGCUCUGAUAGUUGCGGAUUUUGAGAAAGUUGAAAACAUAAUAAAGAUCGUCUUCAUUGUAACAUGUGUUCUCAUCAUAUUCUACUUUAUUUGCAUAAUUCAUUGUAAAUGUAUGAACAAUGCUUAUAGUUCAGCACUAUUCUAAGCAAAGCAUUUAUCAAUAUAUUUUGUUCUAUACUUGUCAGUGUAUUUUUUAAUAAAUAAAUUAUGUAUUUUUCAAAGUAUU